UUGGUUCUCAGAUUCGAAUGGAUCCAAGCUGGUUACGCUCAUCCUCGCGAAGCUCUCGGUUUCCAUCAUCAUCGAAUUGCCAAAUACGAAUGGACUCCAGAAGAUGUGUUCUAUGGUGAUGCUCAAUUGAGAGGCAGCGUAUUCCACGGUGUUUCACCGAAUUCUCGUUUCUACAUGGAGAUGUCAACACCAGAUUUGUUCGCUAGAAAAGUAUGGGUACUACGGCGAAAACCUGAAGUAAGUGCGGCUAUUCUGCAUCCACGAGCUCAUCUGUCCAAGAAGUAG